AUGGCAAGAAAACUGGAAUAUCUUACACAGGAACAAAUCGAUCACUUCCUUGAAUUCGGAUAUAUUGUCAUCAAGAAAGCGUUCACGAAGGAAAAGGCGGAGGAAUGGACGAAGGAUCUAUGGGUUCGUUUGAACCUUGAUCCUCAUGAUAAAUCUACUUGGGACCGAGAGCGCAUUCAUAUGCCGUCCCUCCAUCGGGAGAAAGUUGCAACCUUCGCGCCGACAGCUUGGGCAGCCAUUAAGGACUUGCUCGGAGGAGAGGAGAGAAUCAACGAAGUAGCAUCGACUUGGGAGAUUCCUUCAUUGUCAAUCUCGGUAUCGAUCACUGGGAGAAGACAACUGAAAGGGUUGCCCCUCAGGACCUCGACAAUUGGCACGUCGACGGAGACUUCUUCGUCCAUUACCUUGACUCUCCCGAACAAGCAUUGCUGGUGA